UUAAACAAACAGGAAAGCAUGUUUGUCGAAUGUAUAAUUUUAUUUCCCUAAUCAGAUGUUUACAAUGUAUUUCAUUACAUGUUGUAAAAAGAUAUACCAUUUGGGUUUAAGACGAUUCGACACCAAACCAUUUCGACCACAAGGCAUAAUCUAUGAUGGAUGUGGACGAGGAUGAAGGUAGCGCUCUCAGUCCUGCUGUGCAGCUGAUAGAGGACUUGAAGUCUUUGUGUUUUAACCUUGACACCUAUGGCGUAGAUACCUUAGUGUUCUGUACAGGCUUUGAUGACCUUUUUCCGUCUCAACAUGCAGUUGGCUUUGUGAAAAGUGGUAUCCAGUUACACAACAAGUUCAAAGAAUACUGCAUUGGUCAAAGGAAGAAAGUGCAAAAACAAGAUGGAACGUUUGAUUUCUCAACAGAUUACAAGGUUUCCUCUUUUUUGGAAAGCCUUGAUACAGAUAACCUGAAUGCUAGUAAUGAACAUUCAGAAACUGUGGGAGCAAAUGGUAAAAUUGUUGUGAAAGUCCUUAGUGUUAAAAGUGAACCAGUUUUACACCCUACAGAUCAUGUAGCUGAUGAAGGUAACGGCAAUGAUUAUGAUAAAGUGGAUGACGCAAAUUGUGACAACAAUGACGAUGGUGAUGAGGACAUUGAUGAAUCUACAGAAAAUGAAGAGAUCAUCAGCCAUCAAUAUGAAAUGGAUACAGACGGCAACAACAAACAUAAUGUUGAGAUCAAUCUUACACAGGUUCAACCAGCCCAAGGCUCGCAGACUGAGGAAGUUGACAAUGAAGACUUUACCAAUACAAUCCCAACCAGCGAUGAACACUCAGUAUACAUUAAAGGUAAACGGUGGCAAUUCAUCUCUCUGGAGAAGUUAGUUGCGGAAGGAAGUAAAUGCACAAUAUGCAACCAGUCUUUCUUGUCUACAAAGGGUCUUAGAGAUCAUUUUUAUCAAGAGCAUGAUGUAAAAGUUGGCUACAGAUGUUCCUGCAGGCAAUUCUAUGCCACCUUUGUAGCCUAUGAUCGGCAUGUUUCUCAUAAAAACUUCAAGCAAACACAUAAGGUAUGUCUGAAGUGCAAGCAGUGUUUUAGAUCAGAAGAGUUGCUUGCAAAGCAUACAACUGAAGCUCACCCGUACGAAAGUGAUAAUACACACUUGUAUGAUAGCGAUGUAGACUCUGAUAUGGAAGUAAGAAACACUUGUGGACAGGAUCAGACUAAAAAUGACAUGGAACAUUCCGAAUUGGGAGAGAUUGCCUGUAAAAAAUGUAACUUGGAAGUAUCGCACAGCAAUCUGUUGAAACUACAUCACCACAACUUUCCAGACUGUGACAAGUCAAUGCAAGAAAGCAGUGAAGAAACUGAAUCUAAAGAAAUUAAGUAUAAGAAUGCUGAUGGAAAAAUAAUUAUUGUCAAGUAUGGUGAAAUGGUCUCGAGGCAGACCACUGUACCCUAUACAUGUGAAAUAUGUAAUUAUAAGACUGUUAAUAGAUCACGUUUCAAGCGGCAUAUGGUUAGCCAUUUGACAAAGGGAACUCAUGUGUGUCAGAUAUGUGGAAAGGCAUUGAAGGGACAUGAUAGUCUACUGCGGCAUAUCAAAAGUCAUAACGAGAAACCUUUCAGCUGCUUGAAAUGUACCUGCAAGUUUACAAAUGAGUCAGAGCUUAAUGAACAUGAAGGAAAAUGCCAAAAAGAGUUUCCUUGUAAGAUGUGUGAAUUCACUUUUCCCAGCAUGUCGGCCCUGAGCCUUCACAUGAACCGUCAUGCAGGUGUCCGGCCUUUUAAGUGUACUCUCUGCGACAAGGCCUUCACAUCCAAGGGAAGUCUUGAUCGACAUGUGGCCGCCCUCCACUCAGAUGCCAAACCUUACAAGUGCAAGAUCUGUGGACACUCCUUCAAGGUCAAGGACAAUCUCUCUAGACAUGUGAAGACUCAUCAGGAACCUCAAUACCAUUGUGAUGUGUGUGGCAAGAGCUGCACUGAGUACAGCAACCUGAAGAAACACAUGAGGACCCAUACCAAGGAGAAGCCAUUUGUGUGUGAGGUUUGUGGAAAGAAAUUCGGUAUAAAAGCCUUAUUGCAGAACCAUUCUCGAAUACACACAGGAGAAAAACCCUUCCAAUGCACUGUCGAGGAUUGCGACAAGACAUUCCGCAGUUACCCCAACUUGCAGCAGCAUAUAAGGACUCACGUUAAAGGGCAUGCAUACAUAUGUGACAUAUGCGGUCGGGGCUUCAAGCAACCUGGGCGACUCAAUCACCAUCGGAUAGGCCACAUCAAAGUGUAUCGUUGGUCAUGUUCAUAUUGCGCUGAGAAGUUUAAGUCCUUGAUUUCAUUCAAGAACCAUUUAGCUAGAACUCAUGCUGAAAAACAAAAGGAAAUAGAAGAAACUUUGAAUAUCAAGAUAUAUAUGUGCAAUUUAUGUCCAAAGAAAUUCGGGCAAAAAGAGGAUUUGGAUCGUCAUGUUGACGUUCACAAGAAUUUGAAAAGGUUCAAAUGUAAGAUAUGUGGGAGUGGAUUUAAUGACCGAAGCAACAGGAGGGAGCAUGAAAAAACUCACGGAGGGAAGAACAAGUUUCGUAAGUAUUGUAAUCAUUGUAGACGUGACUUGCAGAGUCACGAGUCAGUUUGUCAGAAGGUGACCGAGAUGACAGUGCCUGGAGUGCAACUUGCUAUUGGCCCACAACUGAGAGAAGACAGCGCAGAAAGCAUGAAGACGACCACAGUGUCUAUUGAGCAGGCAGGAUUGCCUAGCGUGAUGGUACUGGCUAUUCCCAUGGGGAACCUGUAUGCUGGCAACCAGACUGCAGUUGACCAUCAACAGAACAAAGACAUCGCCACACACAAUCUGCCGCAGCAAGUAGCUGAUGAUGGACUUCAUUCGCUGUCUGGAAGGUUGUUUGGCACCAACAGUUAUUACCAGCCCCUUCCUGACUUCUUUAUGCCAUUGUCUUCAUCAGUAGAUACUUCACAAGUGUGCUACCAGUCUUCUAGUUUGCAGUACCUCACAUCUAGUUCUACAGAUCUACAGAAUUCCACAAACAAUGACAAUCUUGACCUGAAAAAUGUGUCAGUAGUGACAGAAUCAGUAAAUCUAGGCAGUUAUACAUUUUUAAAUGCUGGAAAUAUCGAGUCACAGGAGCGUAGCGAUUACAAAACUGAAAUAGAUCCAGAUUCAGUUGAUGCCUCUUUGUAGUGUCUGGUACAAUACAACCAGUCAAUCAACCAUCUGCUUAAAAUUUCUAUAAAGUCUUGGUCACCACAAGCCUAGUUGUCAAUAAAUGGACUUCAUCUUUUGUGUCCAAUGGUUUUCAUUGAUCACAUAAUACAUAAUCUUUUUGGGAAAUUUACCAAACAUGGCAAAAAUAUAUAUAUAUAUUUUUAAAUAUCUCUGAUUGUUUCAAACCUUUGUGAUUCAUUAGAAGAAGAUGGCAGAGAAAGUCACACUUUGUCUUUCUUGUUAACUAGCAUUUACGGACAUAUUUCAUUUAAGAAUUGAAUUGCAUGUUUAAGCAUUUCAGUUGUGUAUAAACUGAUUGGAUUUUUUUAAGACCGUUUAUACACCGCUGAAAUGUACAAAAUGCUAUUUAAUUUCUAUAAUUAUGACACAAACGCGGAUAUAAGCUGAAAUAUUACUAAAGGCCACCACAGACUUCUAUUUCCUGGCAAAUGAAUAUUAUGUCUUUUUUUGUCUCGAUAUUAAAUGUUUUGUUAUAGUUCCUGCUUAACUAUUACCGGUAUGUCAUUUCACUAUUUGUUAAUGAAAGGUAACUUUGUUUUACAACUUUGUUUUCAUCGGGCUAAGCAUUGACAUCAUUUGCAAUCAGGCAACUGUUCAUAAACAAAAGAAGUAUGACCAUAAUUAUUUUCGUAUUGAUUUGCAUACGUUUAGAGUUCAUCAGGAAAUGAAAAACAGGUUAUGUUAACAGAUUAUCCAGUCAUUAUAAGUGUUUAAGUGAAAUUGAAAGACAUUGAAAUUUAACUGUUUUUUGAAUAUGAAAAGCAUUGGUAUGUCUCUGAUGUUGGUAGACUAUUACUUCAAAGGCUUAUUUAUUGACUAACUGAGAAAAGUACAAGUCUUUUUCAUUUUUGGAAUUAAUGCAGUCCAUACACACUGCACUGUAUAUUGAGUGUGUAUUAGGUUGUAUUUAAUAAUUGAUGGAUAUUUUAUGUUCAAUUUUUAACCAUAUUUCAACAAAUUUGAAAAUCCUGGUCAUUAGAGUGUCGUAUUUGGGGGUGGACGGGCAUUAUAAAACAGGUGGUUUCCAGUCAGUAACUUGAAUUUCAAUUGACCAUUCUUGAUGAAAUUUUUGAUAUGCCAAGAUUGUAUGGAGACCUAUCUUAGGAUUAUAGUUGUUGUGUCAGGUCAAAGUCAUGGUUACUUAACAUAGAAAAACAGUUUCUGCUAAAGUAUUUUAAAUUGAGAUACUGUAAUGAAAUUGUGUGUAUAUAGGAACUUACCUAACAUGUAUACAUGUAUCUAGCUUGGGAUUCCAUCUAGGACCAUCUCUAGGUCACCAUUUCUAAAACAAGAAAAGCUGCUUUUGCUCAAAUAGCUUUAGUUUUUAAUCUGGUAUUAUUUUGAAAGAUGUUUGGUAGCUUACGUUCAAUGACUUCAGUUUGGAUAUAGGUAUUUCACUGAAAUUGUAAAAAGUAGGUAGCUUACAUGGAGACCAUGCUUGAGUAGGUAGCUUACAUGGAGACCAUGCUUGAGUAGGUAGCUUACAUGGAGACCAUGCUUGAGUAGGUAGCUUACAUGGAGACCAUGCUUGAGUAGGUAGCUUACAUGGAGACCAUGCUUGAGUA